AUGUCGGAGAUCCAUCGAGCGGAAGACCCCAUGCAUGACGCGGAAAUGGACGACGGGGUGGAGACGUCAAGUCGGAUGGACGGGGAGUACAAGAGUGCCAAUUACGGCAAUGUAGGAUACCAAGAGGGGGAGCAAGAAGGGGCCACCUACCAACAGGAAUACACAUCGAACGGUCAAAACGAUCAAGAGGAACAAGCGGCCGUUGCAGGGGAAUAUCCAUAUGAAGGGAACUACGGUAAUAACUUAAACAAGGAACUCCUGCGCAACGGGACAAGUAAAAAAAAAAAAAACAAAUACGGAGGGAUAUUUAGUAAGGGGAAGGGGGAGAAGGAGAAAAGAAACGGAGAAGAGAAGGAGGAGACCCCAUACUGCUCGUUUAAUAAUUUCCAGGAAGGCAUAGACGGAGGAGCCAACCAGGAGGGUGCAAGUGAGCAGGUACCCCCGAACGGGGGUGGAUACAACAACCAGGGAUACGACGAAGAGAAGGCAGAAAAUCCGGGAAGGAGCGGCCAUCGGGGAGGGAGCGAUGACGAGCAGGAGGACGAAGCUCCGUUCAACCAGGAGAAGCUGAAAAAGAUGGACAAGAGAAAAAAAAAAAUGAUCGAAAGAGGGAAGAAGAAGAAGAAAGAAAAUGUAGAUGACAAAAAAUUCAGUGAAGUGUACAAUUCUAUAUACGAAAAUCUGAAGAAAAAAAAAGGAUCAAAAAAAAGCGGAGAGGAUCACUAUGGGAACAAAAACGAUUUCUACGAAAUCAAUUAUGCUUCGUCAGAUCAGGUGAAUUCCACCUCCAGUGUAGACGAUGACUCCAUUUUCAGUGAUGAUGUGUUGAAGAAGUAUAUCAUUGGGCAGAUGCUAAACAUCAUCAGGACGUCUUUCCAUUGGGCCAUCACCUCAUUUUUGCUAUUCACCCUUUUCGAACACUUCUCCAUCUUUUACGUAUACCGACUGGUGUCAUUUUUAACACUGAUCCUUUUUACCCCCAUAUCGAUUUAUCUGGUGAAGUCACAAAGCAUCAAAUUUUUCCUAAUAGCGACAAACACGGUUCGGCUCAUCAUAUGGGGCUUCUGCAUCCCCUUUCUCUACACCCUCUACCGUGAUGAAAUCAAGAAGUACUACGUAAAUCGCUUUUACGAGUUUCUCUUUACUCUCCUGCUGCUGGUAGACAAUGUGCAGGUUAAUAUUUCCAAUCUGAUCGACAUAGACAAUAACGGAAUUGAUUUUCUGUCGAAGAAGUACCACUUGAAGAUCACUGAGAGGGCGAAGAGGAGGUUUCUGACCCUUCACCAGUUCUUUUUCGAUGCCUCUUUUAUCGUGCUGAACCCAUUGAUUAUAUUCGUUAUGUACCUGUUUAGCAACUUCUUCAGUGAACCCUACCUUAGAGAUGUCUUCAUUUAUCUCUCUUCAUUGAUUUUUUCUGUCAUUACGAUUAUUUCUUUGGUCGUCUACACCAUGGGGUUAGAAGAAGCGGAGAAGACGUUGAAGCAGACCUUCGGAAAGCACCGUUCUGCGUGCCUAGAAUCGCAGGCUACAGCGGAAGACAGUGUAGAAGAAGACAUGGUAGAAGCGGGUAACUACGACAGGGGUGAGAUGGAAGACAACGACGAUGAUGAGGAGGAGGAAGAGCAAGAUGAGGAGGCCGGCACCGCUACGCGACGUGGUAAUAGAAAUAAGCGUACCAAUCUACAUUCCAAUCGACGCGGAGACAAACGGGAGGACGACCAAAACGACCAACACCGGGAUAACGAAGAUGAUUUCGAGAAAUACUAUGCCAGACAUAGCAACAAGGAGAAAAAACAUGUCUCUUAUAGUAGCUAUCCAAACAUCUAUAAUGAUCAGACGAAGAAGUACCUCACGGAGAGAUCGAAUAUCGAGUAUGAUGAUUACAACGGGUUCGAGAACAUGUCUUUGAAGAGCCAAUACAGAAAGCAAUUUUACGAAUUGGUCGAUAAUAUCCUUCGGAUUAAGAAUGACAACACGCUGCUCUUUUAUAUAUGCUCCCUCUCUUUCCUCAAUAGUGUAGAAGACAUGAUGAUACUCAUGCUCAUCCCUCUGACCUGUAUCUACGUGUCUGAGUUCUUCUAUAUUAAUAGCAUCUUCGUUCAGCUGCUCAUCGCGGUGAUAUUGAUUUCCCUCACCAAGUGCUUCGAGAAUAUCUCCUACUACUCCAACAAGAGGAACAUCAUCGCGGUGAAGGACAUUUUCAUCGGAAUCAUCCUGUCCGGAGCCUCCCUCGUCUUCUUUUUCUUCCCCUUCCUGAUGAUCAACCACCUCAACAUUUACAGUUUUUUAAUCUUCUACAUUUUCUGCUGCCUCUUCUAUUUCUUCUUCUCGACCAAUUUGAAGACGACGCUCUCCCUAAACCUGCAGAAAUACGUGCGCGAGUCCAAAUCGGACAUUUACAACUUCGUGGGGCUGUCCAUGUCGUUUGUAAAUCUCUUGUUUGUGAUUCUGACUGCCUUCUUCCUAUCGCUGAUGGAUAACUUCGUCCUUAACUACGUGAUGAUUUGCUUCUUUUUGAUUCUCUUGCUGGGCUUGCUCUAUGGCUGGGCGACCUCAACGCUGAAGGAUUCCAAUCAGGCGUAA